UUCAAAUAAAAAAAGUUUUCAUACAGAUAUUAUAGGAAUAAAAUAAUGAAAGAAAAUAAAAACAAAAUAAAGAGAAAAAUGGAGGGGAAAAUAGUUUUGGUGUGGAAAUAGAUUUAAAAACCUUUUAGGACUGAAGAAGAAAUAAUUAAAUAAUUUAAAGGAAAAUUAAGGAGGGAAGGAUGAAAUAAAAGACUUUGAAGUAAAAGAUGAGAUUAAAAAAGACAGAGAAAGAAAAAAUAAAGAUUUAAAGAAUGAAGAGAAAAAGAUGAGAAAGAAAUGAGGCUAAAGAGGAAAAAUAGAUUAAAAAAUUAAAACAAAAAAGAAGAAAAAAAUAAAAUCAGACGACUGAAGUGGUCACUUUUAGGUCAUUCUCUUCUGUAUUUUUAUUCACAUAUUUCUUCUCUGUUUUUUUGGGGGGGGGAUUCUGAAAUUCUGCAAUUGUAAAAAAUUACAUCAUGAAAGUCUCUGAGUGUUGUUUCCCCUGUCGCCGGCAGGGGGCGACACAGGACCUGCGUUCCACUGAGAAUCCAGUCAGUCUGCAGGAGGAGAAGUAAUAUAAGAAGGAGGAGGAGGAGAAGAAGGAGGAGGAGAAGGAGGAGGAGGAGGAGGAGGAGAAGAUGAAGAAGAAGGAGAUGAAGAAGAUGAUGAUGAUGAUGAAGAAGAAGAAGAUGAUGAAGAAGAAGGAGGAGAAGAUGCAGAUGAAGAAGAAAAGGGAAGAUGAAGAUGAUGAAAAUGAAGAAGGAGAGGAAGAAGAAGGAGAUGAUGAAGAAGAUGAUGAUGAUGCAGAUGAAGAAGAAGAGGAAGAAGAAGAUGAUGAUGCAGAUGAAGAAGAAGAUGAUGAUGAAGAAGAAGAAAAAGGAGGAGAAGAUGAAGAUGCAGAUAAAGAAGUAGAGGAAGAAGGAGAUGAUGAUGAAGAAGAAGAAGGAGACAGAUAAGAGAGUGUAAUAGUUGUAGUAAAGUUGCUGCUCAGAUUUCAGAAUGUUUCACAAACACAUGAUUUAAACCUUCAAUAAAUUGUCCAGAGUAAAUCUCCGCCCCUUUUUCUGGCUGUUUGAGUCACAACAUGUUUGUGUUUCAGCGAGAUUUCUGGGAAAAAACAAGAAAAAUAGAACAAUGGAAAACGAAACGCUCCAGUUGACA